AUGGUCGACACCUUGAAAAUAAGGUUCGCCCAUACUCUCACGGUUGCAGAUAUCAUGAGCAACUUAACUGAACUAUUUGGGAUGGCAUCAGAUCAAGCUCGUUUUGAGGCGACCAAGAAUUUUAUUAAUGCACGGAUGAAACCUCAUCAGAACGUGCGUGAUCACCUGCUCCAGAUGACUAGUUACUUCCAGGAAGCUGAGAAUCAUGGAGCUACUAUAGACCAGACAACUCAAAUGAGUUUUAUCUUGAAUACUUUGACUCUAGCUUUUCUGCCCUUUACAUCAAAUUAUGUCAUGAACAAGUUGACUUUUGACUUCCACGAGUUAAUCAAUAACCUUCAUACAUUUAAAAAUUUGAUUGGAGGACCACAAAAAGGAGUAAUUAAAGCUCCUAGUUCUGGCACUGCUAAUAGUACGGCUAUGGCUGAGGCAAACAUUGCCUCUAUUUCGAAACCCAAAAAGAAGAAGUGA